ACUCGAUAGACCCAAACACCUAGUACGUAGGAAGUUAGGAGGGGUUUGACGAGCCCAUAUCAGCAUAUCACCACAGCUUUUAGGCAACCAAUGCUCGAGAUCAGCUGAACGCCAUCUCUCCAGAGUUCAGUCUUCACCGCCACCAUCAUCACGCCAUCGACGAAGCAAUUGCUCUUGUUUUAACUUACUUUUCCCGUUUAGAAACCAAGAAUCCAUCCAACCUAUCAGAGCUUAUAUUCUCGUCCUUCCGCACCGAUUCGGAAGUUGAUAAUUUCACGUAUAAAAAUAAUGUCAGCUAGGUUGCUGAAGAAAGUCUUGAAAGAACAGGAGCGCCAGCUGCAGCACCACGAAGUAGAAGAGGAAGCAGAAUCUUCUGAUUCGUCCAGUCUCCCUGCCAUAAAUCCUUUCGACCUCCUUAACGACGAUGACUCUGAUCAGGAGAAUGAGUCAGAAAUUACUGAUGAAUCCUUGAUGGGAAACAAUUACAAACAAGAACCCUCUGCGACGGAAAGCUUGGCUAGUGUAGUGUCAUCAUCCAGUCAGAAAUCCAAGAAAAAGAAGAAGAAGAAAAACAAGGCAGCCCCAUCUUCAAGUACAAAUAAAGGUGAAAAACUAUUGGAUGAGGCACUAGAAACUGUGUCCUUGGAUGUUAAUUCUUCAAGAAAUCAACCUGACCCUGUCAAAACCGGACUAGAAAAUGCAAAACUUCGUGAAGAGUUUACUAAGCAAUGUGCGCCAUCCAUCCUACAAGUGGAUCCCAAAUGUCUAAAUCCUGAGAACGAGUUGCGAAGAAUUUUUGGUUCUAAGGUGGUGAAAUCUUUUGAGAGAAGUAAUCAAGCCAGCAGUUCUAGGCAGGUUCGUGGGGCAAGACGUGGAAGCCAUCAUACCAGAAAGACUAUUCUAGUCUCUCCAUCAGAACAUUGGCCUCGCUGGGAUGGAUCUCUAUCUAUGGAAUUUUUGGAGACUAGGGAUGGAUAUCAUCAUUUUAGGUAUGUGCGCUCAUUUUCCUAUGAUCAAGCUCAAAGAGCAUUUGAAGCUGCCAAAGCUAUUCAUGAUCUAAAUGGCAUAGCAAGCAUUUUGUUAUACAACCCAUAUCAUUUAGAUUCACUUAUAACAAUGGCAGACUAUUUCAAAUUUGUGGGUGAACAUCAAAUGUCAGCUGAUGCUAUUGCAAAGAGUUUGUAUGCCUUGGAAUGUGCAUGGCAUCCCAUGUUCACCCUCUUGCAAGGCAAUUGCCAGUUGAAGAUCAGCCAUGAAACAAACAAGCCAAUAUUCACAACACUUUUCACUCACAUGAAAAACAUGGAUAGGCGUGGAUGCCAUCGAUCUGCUCUUGAAGUAUGCAAAUUAUUGCUUUCACUGGAUUUAGAUGAUCCAAUGGGGGCGUUGUUCUGUAUUGACUACUUUAGUUUGAGGGCAGAGGAGUAUGCAUGGUUGGAACGAUUUUCAGAAGACUAUAAAGGUGAUAAUUCCUUAUGGUUGUUUCCAAAUUUCUCAUAUUCCCUUGCAAUAUGCCGACUUUAUCUUGAGCGAGAGGAACCUGCAAAGGAUACUUCUGUGCUUGCUACAAAGUCUACUUCAGUAGAUUUGAUGAAGCAGGCAUUGAUGCUUUACCCUUCUGUUCUUAAAAAGCUUGUAGACAAGGUACCUUUAAAAGAUCAGGCAUGGGCCAAUAUGCUAAAGCAUGCUUUUUUUAGAUCAGAGAAAACGGGGUCUCCAUCUUUGGACCAUCUUAUCAAUAUAUACAUAGAGAGAAGUUAUAUCAUAUGGAGGCUUCCAGAUUUGCAGAAGUUGCUUCGUGAUGCAGCUUUGCAAGUAAUUGAAACUCUAGAACAUAAAAGCAGUGAAGCUAGGGAUUGGGCUUGUGUGCGAAAAGAGGCUUUCUCAUCUGAGAACAAUGAGUAUAGCCAUUUGCUGGUUUCAGAUUUUUCUGAUACUGUACCAACUCUUCCACCGGAGAACCUGCAAAAUUUCAUGGUUGAUCCAAGGCUGAGGGAAGCUGAGCAAAAUGGAGGCCAAAUUGCCAAUCUACCUGCUGGUGGUCCUGCUCCACGUGAUGUUGCAAAUCGCCAUGCAUUGGCUGUUUUGUUCGAGUCAAUGUUGCCAUGGGUUCACUAUGGGGCUGGAGAAGAUGUAGGAGCCAAUGUAGAGAACCAAGUUAAUGGACAUGACCAAAGGAACGAGGACUGAAUUAGCAAUGUAAUGUGCUUGCUCUAGCAGAUGGGAAAUGAGGCAGGAGGGAACUUUGGCUUUUCUUACAUUAUGUUGAUAUCAUCCAUAUGUAGAUAUUUUCUUUUUGCUGGAGUCAGCAAGUUGAAAAUUGCUGCACUAUGAUGAGAACAUAACAAAUCUAUUCUUAAUACAUCACUGAUACGGAUAAAUUCCCUUUCUACUGCUGAAUUCAAACUGCAUGUUAAGAGGUACUUCGAUUCCAGCAAAAUUGUUCUCUGAAUUCGUUAUGUUAUUAUUAUUAUUAUUUUUAAAUUUGUUUUUUAGCUCA